UUUGCAGAUUCAAACAGUCCAAACAAAUAGGCAAAAAAAGUGGAUGAUUUGUGGGGAAACUUCUAAAUGAAGAUCAAAAGCCACUGAACCCCACCAAUCAAGCAAGAAGAAAAAACACGAAACCAAACUUCACCAAAAUGAAAUGGUAUCAUUGAAAAAUCCCAUUUUGAUAUUCAAUCAAAAGCUCUGAUCUUUUGAUUUCUGUACUCAACACCAGCAAAAAAAGCUUAAGGUUAAUGGGGUCCGCCACUGCGAAUCUCUCAGCCAAAUGCGUCCUUUGGCAUUAGUUGACCCAACCAUUACUUCCACGGCUGAUUUGAAUUGUCGUUCCUUUUUUUUUUUUUUUUUUGGAAACCCCAAAAGCCAUUUUCUCCAUGAUUUGCUUUACUACUCAAUUCUGUUCUCUCUUUGAAGAUACGCUUUCAAUACUUGAUUUCUGGGUUUCUUCUUCUACUGGUUCCUUUUGAUGGUUCGAAACACUAUACCUAUUUGCCGUAUUUCUGUUUCAUCCACAGUUGAAGCUGUUCCUGAGAAGAUGAAGGAUCAAUCCGCAAACUACCCGAAGGUGAAGGUGAGGGAGGAAGAAAACUUGGAUGAUCGUCCUGUUGUAUAUGAGCAGAAGAGAAGUUAUUUGUUGUCUCUGAAAGAUUUAGAAUCACUGUUUCUUCAAGACUCCUCUAAUACUCCAGGAAAGGUUAAGGAACAUCGCGUUUCUCUAUUAUCCUGUGCUAAAAUUCCGAAAGCUUGUAGUACGAAUGAAAUCAAACCAUCCACUUCUGAACCUCAAGAAUCAGAAAGGAGCUGUACAAUUGUUGACGAGGAUAACAAAGCAAAUAUUAGAGCUAGUUCAAUCCCAAUGCCUCGUGCCGUCGUAUCCAGCCCUGAAAAUGAUCAAAUGAUUGGGAAGAAAAACAGAAAAACAACUGAAAAACCAUCAGUUUUGAAGAAUUGCAAUUCAGUCCAGUCGAGACACUCACAAUGUAAGAUCAUCGCUAGACACAGUGCCAAUGAGAAUUCCAUUUCCUCGAGGAGAUCAAAGGAUACUACUGAUAGUAAAUGUCGAAGUGUUGGAAAGAACGGUACAACCUACAGGGGUGGCAGCUUCAUGUCAAAGACGACUCCUUAGAAACAAGAGAUCAGUUUGUAGUCUGAUGAUUUUUUGGGCAUGGUACCUUUCAAUGGACCAACUAUAUUACACUUGAGUCGAGGCUUAGACUGGAUUUUAGUAUCAAUGUGAUGCUUUGUCUAAUUGCCCAACAACCGAUUCGUCAUUCACAUCAUAGCUUGGAAUCGGCCUCCUCGCUAUCAUGAAUUUCUUUGUACCCAUGUAGUCUGUGAUGUUUUGAACUUGAGAACUUUAAAAGAAUGAAGUUCUAUUAACUGCCAGCAAAA